GGGGGAGGAUUGAAGGAGAGUAGAUAAGCUCCUAAAUCUGUGAUAGAACAGUGGGGAAGAGGAGAGAAAGUUGCAGGAUGGGAAAGGAGGGUGAGGUGAAAUGACCAUUGGUCAAAUAUUUCCUUAAAAGAAAUUGCAGAGAUGCUUUGUAAAUCAAAAAAUGAAAGGAGGUAGAUGAGAUGGCUUGAGUGAGUUAAAAGUGGUGAACGUCAGCUGGGACUGGGAGUGGGGGGGGUUCAAAUUCCUUCUUCAGCAAGGAAGAUGGCAAAACUGAAAGUGGAAAGAGGACGUUCUGAUAAGAGAUGCCAUCAAUACCCUCUUUCUUCUACCCGUUUCAGUGGAAGAGGUAAGAAGCCAUCAGUGCUGAAGAACUAGAAAUCAUGGCAAGGUUAGGUGAUGGGACAUAAGGGAAGAGCUAGUAAACAAUGCUGGAAGAUGCUGGUGAUGGAUUGAAAGGGAGGUACUCGGUAACAAAAUUAGAAAAAAGAUCCAUGCUCAGUGAAGAUUGUCAGGUGAAUACCCUUUGUGUGAACAUGUGGAGCCUAUAGCAUUUCCACAGAGUAGCAGACUGUUUGACAUGUUGUAUGGGCACACAAGAUUGUGUAAUGAAGACAAUGAAGAGUGGAACACACAUCAAAAAGUGACAGCUUCCUGUAAGGUGAAUAGUAUGACCUCAUGACACUCUUGUAAGAGUCAGAGUCAGCUAGGAUGUUACACCAUCACUGUCGGAGGAACCCUGAACUACAGGAAGAGUUACAGAUUCAGGCUGCAGUAGCUGCUGGGGAUGUUCACACCGUGCGCAAGAUGUUGGAACAAGGCUAUUCUCCAAAUGGUCGAGAUGCCAAUGGUUGGACCUUGCUUCAUUUCUCUGCAGCAAGAGGAAAAGAAAGAUGUGUUCGGGUUUUUCUGGAGCACGGUGCUGAUCCCACAGUUAAGGACUUAAUUGGAGGCUUCACUGCUCUGCAUUAUGCAGCCAUGCAUGGCCGAGCAAGGAUUGCACGCUUGAUGCUGGAAUCUGAGUAUAGAAGUGACAUUAUCAAUGCAAAAAGCAAUGAUGGUUGGACUCCCCUCCACGUAGCAGCCCACUAUGGCAGAGACUCAUUUGUCAGACUCCUGCUGGAGUUCAAGGCGGAGGUUGAUCCACUCAGUGAUAAAGGUACUACACCGCUUCAACUGGCCAUUAUUCGUGAGAGGUCAAGCUGCGUGAAAAUCCUUCUGGAUCACAAUGCCAACAUCGACAUUCAGAACGGUUUCCUGUUACGAUACGCUGUGAUCAAAAGCAAUCACUCUUAUUGCCGAAUGUUCCUUCAGAGAGGGGCGGAUACAAACUUGGGUCGUUUAGAAGAUGGACAGACACCAUUACACUUGUCUGCUCUUAGAGAUGAUGUGCUUUGCGCGCAAAUGUUAUAUAAUUAUGGAGCAGACACUAAUACAAGGAACUAUGAAGGACAGACCCCACUGGCUGUUUCAAUAAGUAUUUCUGGAAGUAGCCGACCCUGUCUGGAUUUCUUACAAGAAGUGACAAGACAGCCCAGAAACUUGCAAGACCUAUGCCGAAUUAAAAUCCGUCAGUGUAUAGGCCUUCAAAAUCUAAAACUACUUGAUGAACUACCCAUUGCCAAGGUCAUGAAAGACUACUUAAAACACAAAUUUGAUGAUAUCUGAUAUCCAUGAAGAGAAGGACUCUAAACAAGAUUAGUUAUAUUCCAGAUACUUAGAGGCUGGUUGCCUUGCACAAAGUAUAUCCUAUGCAAAUUCUGAUUUUUCUAUGAAGUCAGAAGGCAGGUAUACACUUCCUUGGGUUUUUUUAUACCACACGCUAGAAGGUCUUAAUUUUUGGUUUCUUGGUCCAAGUUUACAAGGUCCAAGGUUUCUAUACAAUAUUACAUUUAAAACAUUUUGUUUUCAUUAAAUGAAGUGUGCAGCCUUGCAGUAGAGAUGGAACACGGUCUGCUCAAAGGAAGGAAGGAUUGGUUCUGGUUGGUAUGCGUGGUGUCGUAAGCCAGCUGAGCAGUUAUUUAAUAAAUGAGAUUUGGAAAUAAAGGCCCCAGUUCUGCCAAGGGACACGUGGGAAGAUCUUUGUUACUGCUGAUUGAUGGAACUUAUAUAGGCCUAAACCUCUGCCCACAUGUAUCCCUUUGCAGCUUCAAGACAGAGAUUGUAACCAAGAUGUGUUGGUACUGUAUAAAUGCCAUGUGGAAAUUUAAACAGAAAACAGUUGCCCUGCUAAAUUUUUAGGUAUAUAAAUUGGCACUUUUUAUACUGUUCUUUUUCCUAACUACUCAAGUUUGGAUGUCCAAAUUCAGGUCCUUUUGCUUUUUCCUAUCAUUUCCCUGUAAAUGGGCUAUUGUUUAUAACGGCUGUUUUUAAAAGUGACAGUACGGUGCACAGAGUCAUAGUCUCUGUAUUAUUUUGACGUACAUUUAAGGGGAAGCCAGUGUAUUCCGUUUCUCAUGCAGUGCCUCCUGUGCAAUAAGUUUUCGGAUGUGCUUUGUCCAUUACGUUCCUUACUUAGCCUCAGUGUAUUAUUUCUGAGGUUAGGGACUGCUGCCUUACCGUACGUAGCAUUGAUACUGCAAUGCUAUGAUGGCAUGGCAAUUAUCGUUUUAUAGUAAUCCCUGAAUUUCAUGAAUGUAUAACUUCGGCUAUUUGUAUUUCAGUUUGCACUGAAAUUUCACGUUCACUUUUUCAGGCCAAGUAUUUUCAAUGCCCAAGAUGUGGUAGAAUACUUUCCUUUUUUUUUUUAAAGAGGGAUUACAGGUCUUUGCGGGGUAGGCUCUCAGUUGUUUGGGGUUUGUUCAAAGCUAAGUAGCCUCCGUUGAUAAGCUUCCAUUAGCUUGAUUUUCAUAUGUGCACUGACUAAAAAUGCUCCCCUUAGCAUUAAUAGUUUAAAUUUUGCAAACAGUGGUGGUAUGGAAAAAAGAAACAAUUUCUGGUUUUUGGCAGGUAGGCAGGGAAGAAACAGGGAAGAAUGUUACUUUUGUUCUGCUGUAAUGCUUUUGUUUGUUUGCUCAUUUCUGUCGUGCAGUAAGUGGAAGUGAAAUGAAGGCAUCUUACUCCUGGAUUAAUUGGGGUUAAGUUACCAUGCUUUAAUUUCACACGCUGCAGGAUAAGACCAGACGGAUGAAACAGUAAGCACCGCCCCCUUACAACAGUUUUAAUCUGUCCAUGGCCUAAAUCAGUUCUUAUUAAUCUGAAAUUAAUGAGUGAUACAAUAACCAAAUUUUGCUGUCUCUCUGGGUUUGUUUGCUUGUUUUAAUCAUAAGCAUUAAUAAGUUCAAAUAAUGAAAAUGUUGCUGGUAGCGAGUGGAAAGUGAAGGCCUCAACAUUAUACAGGAAGGGGUCAAAUUUGCAGCCAUUUCAUUGUUCUUAUUAUCACAGGGUUGUGGAGUCAGUAUAAGGUUCUUGCCAAAAGUUUUCUUCUUUUAUUGUAUCGCUAUGCUGGUUUCAGAAGGACCCUUAUGAGUGAUACUUUCAUACCAGUGAGGUGUGUGGAUGUGGGGAGGUAAGAGAAAUGGUGUCGGCUUUUAAUUUUAACACCGCCACUUCCAAAAAGUUUAAGGGGAAAAAAAAAUAAAGGAAAAGCCAGAGAAGCAAGUCUGCUCAGAUUUACCAGUUUAUCCCUACCAGUUCAUCCUCGUUCCUUGAAACCAGGGAUUGUCAUUUUUCUCAAGUACUCAACUUAUUGCUAAGGUUUCCACAGGAACCAUAGCAGCAAGGAUUAUCUUGCCCUUUUGUGCCUUGCAGGUUUCCAAACAAUGGGUUAGAUUUAGAGAUCUGUGGCUCUGAGGACGGGUAAUGAGAUUAGGAAUCCUUCCUCCCGAACUCAUUGAUUCAAAUCCAACCUCCUUCAGCAGUGGCCAAAAGUUAAUGUUGCAGCAGCCUGUAGGACUACUCUCCAUGCCGUAGAGUCAAUGUACUUAUUAUGAAUGUAUAUCCUUGUUGGCAGCCUUGGCAAAAAGGCUAGAGAGUAACUGGGCAAGAUGAUGCUCCUCAUUACAGUGCUUCCUCCUCGGGCAUAGUGAAAAUGCAUUGGUGGUAUUUGUGCUGUGGAGAGGGAACUAGACUUCCUAAUGUAUCUUUUAAUGAACACUGAAAGGAGAAAAGAUCAACCUCUUGGAUCUUAAGUUCCUAGGCAUGAUGAGUAAAGUUACAGGUGGAAUGAGCAGAGUUGAGGAGGAGAUGACAGCUUUUUAACUCUGAAUCUUCACUUCAGUGACAUAGAAACAGAACCUUAAUAUUAUUCAGAAGUUCUAAUAAAAAAAAUACCGUAACAUUUAACUAACUAUUUUCUUCUGAAAUUUGGAUUUAAAAACCAUUUUCUUCCCUGUUGUCAGUGAAGCUUCAUUUUUUACAAUAAUCUUUUUCUAACAUAACUGAGUAUUCUUGUCAAAGCCCACAUCAAGGCAUAUUGCUUGUUCUGUCUGCUGCUGUGACUUCAGAAAAUUAUGAAAGACCUUGUUGGUAACAGAAAUGCUAUUUAAUGAAGAAAUAUGUAAUUCCAUUAUUUAUUGUUUGAGGUUUGGGGGUUUUUUGUAACUGACAUUUUAAAGGGAACACUCUUAAAUUUUAGGCCAGUGCAAAGCCUUUCUUUUAUUUAAAAGAAAAACGUUCAAAAUCCUUGCCCCUUUUAGUAGCAGAUCUACUAAGGACCUUAUCCUAAACCCACUCAUGUCAGUAGAGAGGCUGCUGUUGGGCUUGGAAUCUGGCUUUUAGGCCCUGAUUCAGCAAACUGCGCAGCAUGUGCUUAACUUUGAGCCUAUGAGUAGUUUUUUAUGACUUCUGUGGGGCUGUUUGUGUGCUUUUUUAAAGUUUUAGCUCAUGCUUAAAUGAGUAAAGUACGGGGCUUAUCCAUCAUUCAGGCCUAACUAGGUUUGAAUGAUGUGGAUCUAUUCUUUUGUUGCUCCCUUAACUAGGUAUAAAAACAUAUAAAAACUCAAACUGAAUUUGUUUUCUCCAUACUCUUUGGACUGGAAUGGGGCAGGAUAAAUGCAUAAUAUAAAUUUGUUACACAGCCUAGUUCCAUUUCCUUAUAAUUCAUUGUUCAACACUUUAUUAAACCUUUUUAAAAAUUGGCAAUACACCAAAGAAACAGACUAGUAAAAGAUUCUGAUCAUUAACAAACUGCAAACCUCAUCCUUUAAAAACAAAGCAGAAUUUUUUUUGUAAAUAUUUGUGUUUAUAAAUGUACAGCAGAGAGUAAGAGUGUUUUUUUUUUUUUUUAGAUUAUUUAAUUACCAUAUUUCUAAACUAUUUACUACAUUAUAGACAAUACUCGUUAGUUUGCAAAACUUUUGAGUGUUUUGGUUUUUUAAUUCAUUAUCACUCAUGCUUGGAAUAACUCUGGCUUCCUCAGGACAGCGUGGAGAAUUUAGUUUUCUGGCUAUAGCAAGAGAAUGCAUCUGGACAAAGAGAAAUAGUAUAAUUAAGUUGUCAUACAGACACCCUGAAGCAAAAGAGAACACGUAGUGUGUUUUAGCAGAGUGGACCAUAUGGAAAUCUUGAUUCCUAACUCGUUCUCAUAAAAUCUCUCCAGAGCCCAAAGUGUCAUUGGGACAAGAGCAACUUACAAUUUGCCCACAAAACUAGCUUCAUGCAACUCUCUCUCACUGUGUUACCAGUAUCAUAAUGUAUUUUGUUCUUCCUUUGUAAUGUAAAUUUUGCUUUGGGUCAGUUUGAAUUUAAAAAAAAAAAUUGAAUCUGGUUAAAACCUCUUGGGUUUGCGUUCUAUUUAUUUCUGAACUAAUGCUUUCAUAACGCAGUACUGCUUUGGACAGCCUUUCCUGCAAUGUCUGUCCCCAUCCCCCCUGCACCAUGAAAUCUUUACAGUCCCAGUCAUGGCAAUGAAUAGCUGAUGAUGGGCAAAUCAUGCAGUUGAUACUCGGCUCUGCCUUAAGAUACGAGUUAAUAUCACCCAUGGACUUUAGUGGGGAUUUAAGUAAAUCUGAGGACAAACUUGGGCCCUCAGGGCUGGAGUGAUGAAGUGGGAUGAACUCGGAUGUGGUACGCAACUAAUCAUUUCCACACACAUUUCUGUACACUCGCACAGAGCUCUAAAACUUACAGUAGCUUCAUCAUGGGUGUAUGCAGGGGAGAGUGCAAAACUGAGGGGCCAAAGAAGUCAUGUUUUUGAAAUUGGGCUUGUCAUUUAUGCAGUGUCUAUUCGUAGUAUUGCAAAAUGGAAUAAGUAAGUCUGCUUAUGAAUAUGUUGAUCAUUCAGGCAUGGACUAGAAGCAAACAGUUUGGGUCCUACAAGUUCUUGAUAUAAUACAAGCCCAAGCUAUAAGUCUUCAGGGAUGUGAAGAGGGUGGAGGGGAAGAAAACUAAAUUAAUACCCUAAUCAUUGUUCUGAGAUUCGUUGCAAUAACUACUAAAAACUGCUGGAAAAGGGGACGUUCUUCAUGACUAGAGAGUGUCUCCUUGAGGAACAAGGUGCAUAAAUGUGAUCUGGCUGUGCAGACUUUCUACAACACAACAUUCGAAGCCCAGGCUGCUAAAGAUUACUACUAACAAACUGGACAGAUUUGGAAGACUAGCGUGUUUACUAAAUGCUGUGCUGUAAAAUUUAUGUUCCUGUUUAUGUAUCGUUUCCUCUGUUUGUUCAUUUGUCAGCUGGAAAGCAAUUAACGGUAAAUGUUAUUUGUUUUAAAAAUAAUGGUUUUGCAAGCUGCUGACAAAUGAGAUUAUACGUGGGAAUAAUGGUCUCUCCAUGUAUUGGUAUGCCUGUGUGACUGGAAACUGCUCUCUUUGCAUGGCAAAGUACUGUUUUGCCAUAGUGCAAGCAAAACUGUUUUUGCAACUAUUUUUAAAUUUUAAGCUGUCACCAGUGGUAGACUGUCCUACAAACAUAACUACAAGGUAGGAGCUAGGAACUCAAUUCUGCAUCUUCCACUGGUUCCUCAUGUACUUGGCCAAGAUGCUCUGGUGUUUCUCUCUUCUCCUCCAUCUCCUUGUUUCACACAAUGGAGACUGGGCUAU